UAGGAGGUUACUUAAUAAUACAUGUUGAUUGACUAAAAAACACGACAUCGGGCUUUACAAUAUGCUUUUACGAAAGCAUUAUAAAUCUUAAUUGUUUCUGUUUAUUAUUGACAGUUUAAAGCAAUUGAAGUUAUAAGUGAGAAGAUAAUUUAACAUAAUGGAGGGUGUUGUUCAGUUUCACAUUGCUGAUUACGUAGUAUUGGCAUUAUUCCUGUUGAUUUCGUCCGCCAUCGGAUUAUAUUACGGGAUAUGCAAGAGACAGAAAACAACUGAAGAGUAUCUUCUUGGUGGUCGGAAGAUGCAUCUACUUCCGGUGGCUAUUUCAUUAAUGGUGACGUAUCAAUCGGCCAUUUCCGUUAUGGGGGUACCGACGGAGGUCUACAUUUAUGAUACAAUGAAUUUGUAUUCAUUUGUGGCUAUUAUGCUGACGAACGUAUUUCAGGCGUUUGUGCUGGUUCCCUUGUUGCAUCCACUUAAACUAACCAGCGCGUAUGAGUAUUUGGGUAGACGUUUCAACUCAAGAGCAGUCCAGUUACUGGGAACAUACAUGGGAAUGCUACAAACGUUGCUGUACAUGGCCAUUGUGCUGCUAGCCCCGGCUCUUGCUUUAGAAGCAGUGGCAAAUAUACCUUUAUGGCUCUCAAUCAUUGCUGUCGGAGUUCUUGGAACAGUUUAUACAUCAAUAGGCGGUAUUCGGACAGUGAUCUGGACAGAUGUUUUUCAAUUUAUAAUAUUAUUUGGAGGACUGAUAGUUAUAAUUGUCAUGGGUACAAUAAACGUUGGUGGUCUGGCAAAAAUAUAUGAAGUUACAAGGGAAGGGUCAAGGCUGAAUCUAAGCACAACAAGUGUAGAUCCGCGUGUACGUCAUACCGUGUGGGGAUUUCUCACAGCCGGAUUUGUAAAUUGGCUUCCAAACUGUUGCAAUCAAUCAGCCGUGCAACGAAUAUCUUCAAUGCGCACUGUUCGAGACGCUAAAAUUUCGACAUUUUUGAAUGUUCCAGCAAUAUUUAUAUACGGUAUCAUACUGAUUUUCUUUGGAUUAUUACUGUACACACAUUAUUCAAUACAACAGUGUGAUCCAUGGUCAGCCGAGUAUAUCAGCAAUGCCAAUCAGUUGAUCCCAUAUUACGUUAUGAACGUUUUUCGCGACAUUCCUGGGAUGACUGGUUUAUUUAUAGCCGCAUUAUUCAGUGGAGCUUUAAGUACGCUGUCGUCUGGAAUAAAUGCAAUGUCUGCAAAUACUUUACAAGAUAUUUUGGUAAAUGUAUUAGAAAAUGCGUCUGAAUUUAUGAAAACAUUAAUCGCAAAGCUUGUAGUUCUGUUGUACGGUAUAUUAGCUGUUGGACUUGCCUACAUGGCUAGGACACUGUCAGGCCCUGUAACACAGAUUUCAUGGACAGCAAUGGGUGCAACAGGUGGGCCUAUUGUCGGUGUAAUGUUUCUGGGAGCAACAUUUCCUCAAGCAAACUGGAUUGGGGCGUUUUCCGGAGGUAUAGCAGGGAUAGCAAUGGCAAUGUGGCUAGCAUUGUGUCAUCUUAUGUAUGGCAUUAAACCUCCGGUAUCGAGAAGAAUACCAACGACUGGGUGUAUACCUUACAGUUCAUGGGAGACAAACAGUACAAAUACAACUUCUGCAGGGAUGACUACAGUUAUUCUUCAAACGACAGAAACAUUCGCUAAUGAAACCAAUGUAGCAGACGACGAUCAUCUAGUAUUUUAUGAUAUUUCAUAUCUUUAUGUUGGUAUACUCGGAUUUCUUGUGGCAUUCAUAACUGGCUUAAUUAUCAGUUUGUUUACCGGUAUGGACCGCGAUGAACCGACCGAGGCAGAGUAUAUAUUCCCUGGUUUACGAUCAUUUUGGAAGAAAGGCUACACAGUCGUUAGAAAGCCACGGACUUACACAGCUAUAAAAACGAAAUUAAAGAAGAUGGAAAGCUUUGGUUUACCAGCCUAUGUAGCACCGAUCAAAUCUUUAGACCAUAACUGGUAUAACAAACACCCGGAUGAUGAACUGUGAAUGACAUUUUUCUAACACGUGUAACGUUUCAGCCUUGGCUGAAUAACAUUAAAAUAAGAUAUUAGAUAUUUCUAUUACUAUUCUUUUGGUUUUUAUUAAUAAACAAUUGCACCAUUGACUUUAUUUCAGUACACGAAUUAUGUGAUUGUUAAUGUAUCUGUUGUUUUUUUACUUUAGUUUAAUUUUUUUUUCUUACAAACAAAUUAUAGAAUGCAAUUUCCUUGUACGUACACUUUAAGUGUGUACUUAUGCGUGACUAUAUUAAAAUAAUUAUAUAGAUUGAGCAAUGUAAUGUGUCCUAUUUUCUGCUCAGCGGGCACUAAUAUGCGACGAGGUGACGAAUUUGUCGUGCGCUCCUCGAGGUGCCAGGCGAAAACACGAGGAAUAGACAGUGGUGACGUUGUCGCAUUUUCGUGCUUUCGCCUGACGCCCCUAGGGCAGGCAUACGAUAAUGUAAUACUUUGUCGCAUUUCGUAAUUUCGUCUGGUAUCCCAAAGCGAAAACAAGAAAAUGUGAUAAGUCAUAUUUCCGUGUUUUUGUCUUUCUCCCCGCUGAGCAAAAAUACCAAAUAAGGAAUAUUCUAAUGGGGCUUACUGAAAAUGUUUCCUCAGUGCAUUCCCACGGAUUCUACGCCCCCCCCCCCUAUCAUUAAAAAAAAGGUAUUAGGGGUUUUAUGCGGGCAGCCAGUAUCAUAUGUAACGAUUGAAUCUUUUAGAAAGUGGCAUUUUUUGUUUUUUACUUUGAAAUUUCUAUUCUGGAUAUUGUAUUAGUGCUUUGUUCAUAUAUUUCUUUUGAUUAAAUAAUCUCACUACA